AUGGAUUUCUCGAGAUACGGAACACCAAGCGCUGACUGGUCUGCACUUGUUGCAGAGAACCCGGAAGCCGUCCGCGAGGGCUACAGCGGCAACCACCUCGAUAAUGCUCAAGUUCUUCGUGAUGUCAACAAUAAAGCGCGCGAGUCAUUGGCCGACAAGCUGAUGACUACAACCGGCUUGAGGUCAUCCGUCACGAUUGAAACAAUUCCGGUAGCGUCGCGAGAUGAGCACACCAUCCCCGUCCGCAGAUACGCACGUCUUGGCCGGGACACCGACUCAUGCCCCGUUCUGAUAUUCUUCCACGGCGGCGGGUUUCUAUUCGGCUCUGAGACCACGGAUGAUGUUAUUUGCGCGACCAUGGCCUUGCGAGCUCGUGUCGUGGUUCUCAGCAUCAUCUAUAGACAUACCCCCGCGCACAAGCAUCCCGCACAGCACAACGAUGCUUGGGACGCCUACCGAUCUAUCUUGGCCGAACCUCAAACAUUGAAGGUUAGCCUGAAGUCAGGUGUCACGUUGAUGGGUGUAUCUGCUGGUGCUGGUCUUGCCGCCUCGGUGGUGUUGCGUGACUUAGCGUGUGCAAAGAGUACUCAGGGCUACGAAAUGCCCAUCAAGGGAGUCGUGCUCUCGAUCCCCUGGUUGAUUCACAUUGACAACUAUCCUCUGAAUUUGUUCGUGUCACCGGACAAGGCCUCCAAGAUACAAUGCACCGAUACCGCCGUGAUCCCAACGAAACGCCUGAGUCUGUUUUCCGAUUUGCUUGAGGUGGAGGAUCCAACUGACCCGGUAUUGAACACCGCCCUUGCACCCGACUCUUCAUUAUCCGGGUGGCCUAAGACCGCAUUUCUGGUCGCUGGGAUGGAUCCUCUACGAGACGAUGGCCUUCUAUUUGCCACUCGACUUGAAAAGUUAAGGUAA